AAGAACAUGCCUCUUGUAAAGGACCUCCUUCAUCCCUCUCCAGAGGAGAAGAGGAAGCACAAGAAGAAGCGCCUGGUGCAGAGCCCCAACUCCUACUUCAUGGACGGGAAAUGCCCAGGAUGCUAUAAAAUCACCACGGUUUUCAGUCAUGCACAAACAGUAGUUUUGUGUGUUGGCUGCUCCACUGUCCUCUGUCAGCCUACAGGAGGAAAAGCAAGGCUCACAGAAGCAUGUUCCUUCAGGAGGAAGCAACACUAA